AAGCCAUGUGAAGGUAAAAAAGAAACAAAAGAGAGCUUAGCGUAGAAGUUGGAGAGACAAGAAACUUGCUGUGUUAGGAAAAAAGGCAUAAAAACAUGGUAUAGAAAAAGAGCAUGGCUGAGGAGCAAAGCCACAAUGCGUGGAAAGUGAGAGGAGUUAAGUGAGGGAAGGAAAUGAGACGGAAUCAGAUAAGGGAAGAAUACGUUCUGAAAGAGGAAAAUGAUGAUAGCUAAGAAGUUUUAGAAUAGAUCGAAGGGAAAUAAGUUUGGAAAUGCAAGCACACGGGAGUUGAGAAUAUGAUGCAAGACUAAAAUAAUGAGGUAAGAGGAUUUGAUGCGUGAGAAACAAUCUUAUCUUCGACAAAAACUGCGUUCGCCAUGUCUAUUGCAGUAUUGCGGCACAUAUAUUAUAGACGUCAAGGGAUCGAAUCUGCACAAGUGUCUUUGGGGUUUCUCAUAUGCUAUUCUGAACUGUUGAGGAGAUGAAACUAUCCGCUACAAGGACAAUGUUCCACCAUCACACUAUGGAGACAAACCUCGGAAGAGCAUCUUCAAAGAGGAUGUCAUGGAUGUGGAAUGAUUUAAUUCUAGUUCUAGUAUUUGUCACAGUGUUUGGUGUUGAAGCAAAUUUAGUGGUAGAAUCCUCUCAAUUUGAUGAUAGAUCUUCUAACAUAGGAAACAAUAAUUCCACCAAAAUGCUCAAAGUUUUGAAGCAUUUAAGAAAAAUUAACAAGCCUUCUAUCAAAAGCAUACAGAGUUCAAAUGGAGAUAUUAUAGAUUGCAUUGAUCGACACAAACAAAUUGCAUUUGAUCACCCAUUUCUUAAGAACCAUAAAAUCCAAGACCCUCCAAAGAUGCCUUCAAUACAUAUUGCAAGAGUGAAUACAACAAAUUUUACUAUUGAUAAUGCUCAAUCAUGGCAUGUCAAUGGAGAUUGUCCAGAAGGUACAAUUCCUGUUAGGAGAACUUCUAUAGAAGAUUUAAUGAGAGAAAAAUCGCAUCAACAUUAUGGAAAAAAAAUUGCACUUCUUCCUCCGAAUGAGUAUGCAGUAGCAUCUGUGGAUGGAAAUUACUAUGGGGCAGAGGCUACAAUAAAUAUAUGGGCACCAAAGGUUGAAAAUAAUGAAUUCAGCUCAUCCCAGAUUUGGGUUGUGUCUGGAUCGUUCCAAAAUCCAGGUCUCAACGCCAUUGAAGCUGGCUGGCUAGUUGAUCCCUCACUAUAUGGUGAUAGCAACCCUAGACUGUUUACUUAUUGGACGGCUGACUCAUAUAAGAAAACUGGCUGCUACAAUCUUCUGUGCUCUGGUUUUGUGCAAUACAGCAAAAAGAUAGCAGUUGGUGCUGCCAUACGGCCAAUUUCUCAGUACUCUGGGAAACAAUUUGAGAUCACCAUUACCCUCUGGAAGGAUCAACAAUCGAAAAACUGGUGGAUGGCAUUUCAAGAUGAAUAUGUGGGCUAUUGGCCAUCUCAAAUUUUCACCAAUCUUGAUCAUGCAACGCAUAUGGAAUGGGGAGGGCAGAUUUUAAAUUCGAAGCCAAAUGGGCAGCACACUACUACUGAAAUGGGAAGUGGACAUUUUGCGAAAGAAGGAUCUCGGAAAUCUAGUUACUUUCGCGCUCUAAGGACAGUGGAUGAUAAAAAUGCUUAUAGAGAUGCUAUCAACUUCACUACUUUUACAUCUAAUACUAACUGCUACAGCAUAGAAAGGUCCAGAAACUCCAAUAACUUUUUUUACUACGGUGGACCUGGCAGGAGCCCAAACUGUCGUUAGUAUACAAAUAUGUUAGUCAAUUUAUUACAGGACAUAUUAAUAUACCAUGCUGAUCGAAUGGGUUGCUAAUAAACCAUGUUGAAUAAAAGGAGAGAGAAAUUAUCUCUUCAUUUAAUCAAUAAAACAUAUUGUUACUGCAUUUAAAUAUCAAAUUAUAUAAAUAGUAUUAAAACAAUCAAUAAAAUAUU